CCCCAAAAGUCGAAUCCCAUCUCCCUCGCUUCCUCCCAAACCCAAAACCGAAUUCCCUCCAAAUCCACCCCACCCCCAAACCCCUCGGAGAUGGACGGCGGGGCCGCGAAGGUGAAGAAGGCGGCGGUCGGCCGCAAGCUCGGCGGCCCGAAGAAGAAGCCGGUCUCGCGCUCCGUCAAGGCCGGGCUUCAGUUCCCCGUCGGCCGCAUCGGGCGCUACCUCAAGAAGGGCCGGUAUGCGCAGCGCGUGGGCAGUGGCGCCCCCGUCUACCUCGCCGCCGUCCUCGAGUAUCUCGCCGCCGAGGUUCUCGAGCUCGCCGGCAACGCGGCGCGCGACAACAAGAAGAACCGCAUCAUCCCGCGGCACGUUCUCCUCGCCAUCCGCAACGACGAGGAGCUCGGAAGGCUGCUGGCGGGCGUGACCAUCGCGCACGGAGGCGUCCUCCCCAACAUCAACCCGGUGCUCCUCCCCAAGAAGGCCGCCGAGAGGGCUGAGAAGGCCGAGAAGGCGGCCAAGUCGCCCAAGAAGGCCGCCACCAAGUCCCCCAAGAAGUAGGCUGCGCGUGCCAGCGCGCUCCGAUCUCGUCUGAUCUGAGACAAUUGUUUCCCUGUGUCUGUUGCUUUUGUGUGUAUGUAAUGGUGCAUCUCAAUCUAUGUAUCGUGUCCAUCGAUCUGCGGAUCGAAAGUUUAGGGCUAGUUCUAGCUGUAGUGGUUGGUGCAGGGAUUUCUAUGUUAUCCAUAUUUAACGAGAAGAAGAGGAAGGAAUUUGCAAUCCUUUAUGAUUUC